AUGUCGAAGCAGAGAGCGAGGCUGGCAAAACCGAAUGCACGUGCAGACGACGAGGCCAUCCUGACAAUUCUGUACUUGGCAGUAUUCGAAAGAGGUCUUGGGAACGAUGUGGCGUUUAAGGCACAUAGAGCUCAGGUCGACCAGAUGGCAGCUUCGCGAGGCGGUGUCAGUCAAUUGGGCCCAAACCGUUGA